AUGGCUGAUGAGAGCAGGGUCAAUUUGCUACAAGCUGAGAUACAACCUGACUUGGAAGCAGGCCCAUCACCAUCGACAACGACAGACAACAACAACAACAACAACAACGCUAGUGGCAAUGUGAAUAAUACACCAAGGAACAAUGCUGUUCGAGAUUACUUUCAACAGUCAAGUCAUCCUAUUGCAGCUUUCUUCUUCUUGGCGUUCCGCGUUGGUGCGCUCUUGAUGUAUCUGCUUGGUUCUAUUUUCACUGACAACUUUACAUUGGUGUUUGUGGUGACCAUUUUGUUGCUUGCCUUUGAUUUCUGGACUGUCAAGAAUGUUUCUGGACGUUUGUUGGUUGGGUUACGAUGGUGGAAUGAAAUUCAAGAGGAUGGAUCCAACCAAUGGGUAUUUGAAAGUGCCAGUCCCAAUCGCAAGAAUAAUGCAGCUGAUUCACGUCUCUUUUGGACCGUGUUAUACGCAACACCUGUACUAUGGGGCUUGUUAGCAUUGACAUGCAUUUUCACACUCAAAAUCUCUUGGUUGGUGAUCGUCGUGGUCGCUAUCAUUCUCAACAUGGCCAACGUCUAUGGAUAUACUCAAUGUGAUAAGGAUGCUAAAAGGAAAUGGGCAAGUGGUAUCGCUGCUCAAACAGCACUCGGUUCACUCGGCAGUACCGCAUCAGGUAUCGUUGGCAAGGCUGUUGGAUCAGGAUUAACUAGUUUCUUUUCGGCUGGAUCUCGAUAG